ACAAGCCCUGUCGCCCUGCAAUAAGCUAACUAAAAAGUUUGUAGCUUAUACGCAGCAAUUUUCGACAUUUCAAUGUUCUUCUUCACUGUUAACAUUUUGGUAACCCCAGGCAAAGCUUCUGUAUUGGCACGUGAUAUACCUGCGGGUGUCUCAGAAGGUGCGGAGUACAUACACGAUCAAACCACGACUCAUUUUACCCUUGAACCCAAAAAUUGCUUUAUACUACCACCAAAAGAAUCACAAUAUAUUGACUUUAAUUUUCACGCACCAAUUGUCUAGGCGUUUUAAGUUCCAUAGUACGAGAUAAGUGAAGCCUACUAGGUUGCCGCUCGUACAUAUUUCUUCAACGAGCUUUCAUAAUGCGGCCAAGCAAAAACCAAUUGAGAAGGGCAAGGAAAAAGGCCUUGAAAUCGCAGGCUACCGAAGCGACACUCGAUGAUGAAACAGAUACGAAAUUUCAGACACAGGUGACUCUAUCGGCAGAUGUCUCACAAGGUAGUGGCGAGCAAGGUCAAAAUGCUGCAUCUCCAGAUCUAGAGGAUCCGUUAUGGCAAGUAUAUAAGCACAUUGUUAACAAAUUCGAUGAGGUCGGUGACAACUCAACACCGACGAAAGAGCCCGAAAAGCCCGAAAUCUAUUUUGAUAAUGACAAUGAUAUCCCGGACGAAGAAGAAAAGGAGCCCAAGCUCUCAAAACGAAAGCGCAAGGAAUUGAAUAAGCUUUCUGUCGCUGAACUAAAGGCAAUGGUUCGGAGACCAGAAAUUGUCGAGUGGACGGACACUUCGGCCCCCGAUCCUCGGCUUCUUGUACAUAUAAAAUCCCAUCGCAACGUUGUCCCGGUCCCUUCACAUUGGUCUUUAAAACGAGAGUACCUCUCUUCUAAGAGAGGAAUCGAGAAGCCGCCUUUCGCGUUACCAAAAUUCAUUCAGGAGACCGGGAUUUCGGAAAUGCGCGAUGCUGCCUUGGAGAAGCAAGAACAAGCGACACUCAAACAGAAGCAAAGAGAGAGGGUCCAGCCAAAGAUGGGAAGAUUGGAUAUCGAUUAUCAGAAGCUAUAUGAAGCAUUUUUCCGAUUCCAAACUAAGCCGGAACUUACCCGCUAUGGCGAGGUUUACUAUGAGGGCAAGGAAUAUGAAACCAACCUUAGACAUUUACGGCCGGGUGAGCUUAGCACUGAGCUCAAGGAAGCCCUCAAUAUGCCACCCGGUGCGCCCCCUCCUUGGUUAAUCAACCAACAGAGGUAUGGCCCACCCCCAUCAUACCCAGCUUUGAAGAUUCCAGGUCUCAACGCGCCCCCCCCUCCUGGUGCCAUGUGGGGAUACCAUCCUGGUGGCUACGGGAAGCCACCAGUAGAUGAGCACAACCGUCCUCUCUACGGUGGUGAUAUCUUCGGUGUAUUGCAACCGCAACAGACAAUGCAGCAAGGCGAGCCUGUCGAGAAGGAUCUCUGGGGUGAGCUACAAGAACCCGACCUUUCUGACGAGGAGAGUGAAGAUGAAGAUGAUGAGGAAGAUGAAGAGGAUAUGGAAGCGGGCGUCCAGACUCCUAGCGGACUUGAGACGCCAAGUGGGUUAGCGUCAGCUGUUCCCUCUGAGUUAGCUGGUGAAGAGAAUGUUUCGGGGGAAUUUGACGUGCGCAAGCACUAUCGAGGCACACAGACUGAAGAGUCUGUAAGUCAUAAGAGCGCUUUCCAAGUUAUCCCAGAGCGACAGGCCAAUGUGCGGGGCUUCUUCGGUGGCGACAGGUUAUAUGAUCUUACUGCGCCUCCAGAAAACUUGGCGGUACUUGGUGCUGAUGAACAAAAUCGGAAGCGCAAGAAGCCCGGCGACAUUGAUGUUUCUGUGGACCCAGAUUCUCUACAGAUAAGUGAGGGAUUUAGCAAAGAAAAUAUUCGAAAGCUUUACGAAUCCCAAAGGCAGCAGGAAAACAAUCCUAAUUGGGGAUUUCAGGAGGAUCUAAGCGACAUGAUCGCCCAGGAAAGUCGGAAAAGGCUCAGAAAGGAAGAAGAAAAACGGAACCGGCACUGAGAUCGCUGUCAAUCUACUAGGUUUACCAUGUACGCUUUACAGCACCUGUACCAAUCAAGUCUUUGUUCGCGGCUCUCUGUCCUGGGUUACAAUCUUCUAUCAUCCUUACUGAAGAAUGGAAAGAUGUCCACAAUCUUUCAUGCGCUUCUUGACUGACUUUUCUGAAAGUAAGGCCGAAAGCGUAGUAGCUAUCUAACAAAGGGCAUACCGCACAAGUACUGAUAUUGUAAUUGAUUCCCUCCUUUACUAACCUACCUCUCUUAAGUCAUAUCAGACUGGCUUGUCUCCCAUAAUCCUUGAUAAAAAGUGUAGUGCGUGAAGUACGAGUAUGUUGGGUUGGAGAGAGAAAGCAGUGUUGUAUGCUCGGGACAAUGUCCCCAAGGUGGUUCAGUCAUGUGAU